AAUUUAUCGUCGUAAUCGUAGGCUGUUACGCAAAACAAAAUAGAGCUUCCAGGAAAUUACUGAUGUUGAGCCUAACAUCUUAGCACAGACUUUCCCACAAGUACCGGUAACCCCAAAUAACACUCCCCACAGAAACGACUUUGAUCAAGAGAUUAACAGAUCAGCAUCCCCAAUAAAUGGCCCUUAUCAGACAUGAUCAGGAAGAGUUGUGAAGCCAAACAAACUGUACAGUGGUGAUCAAUGGAUAUGUAUAUAGCUGUCUAACCCAUGAAUCCUGGCAGAGGGCCUGACUGAAGAUGUUAAGCUUCAUUCGUUUUGGCUACAGCUAUAUCCAGUAUGCCUUUGACUAUGUGUUUGGGUUCUGGCCUAUGAGAUGGCUGAUGUUGGUUCAUACUUAUCCUGCAACUGAAGACACAAGUGCAAAGGUGAAUGAUAUUAUACAGCAACUUUACAAGCAUAGACGUGGGGAAGGUAACAUUGAUCUCGACAGGGUAUCCAGAGACAUACUCCAGUUAAACUUUCAUGAAAAUGUCUCUGAAAUCAAAGACGAGAUGCAUGGUUUUGACAUUCUGCAGCAUUGUAUUGUUUUAAACCAAAGUCAUCUAGUGGAUAUUCUGUUGAAAAAGCUGCCCCACUAUACGCAAGUCAGAUGCAACUCUCCAGCACAUUUAGCUGCCACUGUUGGACAUAUAGAAGUCCUUAAGUCGAUAGUAAACAGAAGGCCGUUUCAUUUGUACAAACGGGCAGGAUUAUGCUAUCCAGAUUUACAUGAACCUGUGGCUAAUUAUCGAAGAAUGGGUUUCAUGUUUAAAGAUGUUUUCAAGUGCGAGGAAGAAAGGCUUCUGCCAGUUGAAUGGGCUAUAGUUGGUGACCAUGUGGAUUGCGUGCAAUGGAUGAUUGAUGAAAUGCAGGUGAUGGGUGGUCGAAAAUUUAACCUACCUAAAUUCCUUCAUUUUGCGUCUCAGCGGGGUGCAGCCAAAUGUAUUGAUUUCUUCAUUAAACGUUAUCCUGAGUACAUAGACCAUGUAAAUAAAUGUGGAGAUGUUCCAUUGCUGGAAGCUGUGGUUUGGGGAAGGAAGUGUUCCAAGGUGCUCAUUGAGAAUGGCGCAAAUGUCAACAAGGUGGCAAGGAAUGGGGACACGGCCUUGCAUCGAUUGUACCGUAAUGAUAUAGAUGGAAUCUUUGCAAUAUAUGACACAACAAAGUACCUUCUGACAACAGGCAUUGAGCAGCUGGUAAACACUAUCAAUCUUCGUGGAGAGACGGCCUUACACUUGCUGGUUACUCAUGUUUCCUACAUAGGCGGAAAUUACUACCACCAAGAGCAUCGUGUGAUGCCAAGAUGGCAGAUUCAGCCUAAUUACCAGGAGCAAGUAAUUCAGACACUCAAACUGCUACUUAGUUUCAAUGCUGAUCCACAUAUUUAUGAUGCCUUGCAUUUACAGCCUUUAAACAAGCUUCUUCAUGUGACAAUGAAAGCGAGCAGACCCAAUGAUAAGUUUGAAUGUGUCCAGGGCUCGAUCAAUUCCAAGUAUAUCUACAGAAAUGACUUCAAGUCCCUUGCCAGGGCUAUGCAGGUUCUGGUUGAAAAUGGUGCUGAUGUGAAUACACAGUGUUCAAUAGGACAUACCCCUUUGAUUCUUUUGAUUCAAACGUUUUUGAACACAGAGGUGGUUGAUUUAGUCCAAGAAAGUAAUAGCAUCAUUGACGCUGUUGACUUAUUGUUGAAAACUGGUGCCAAGUGCAAUUUUAUUUCAGAAGAUCAAAAGACUUGUUGUUCACUACUUGCUGAACUUGCCAAGAAAAUCUUCAAGGGUCACCAUGGUUCUCGAUCCCAUCAACCAGUGGUGCAGACUGACAUAGAUCUCAGAAAGAAAUAUGCCAGACUUGUGAACGAAAUACUAGUUAUAUUUCUGCGGUAUGGCUUAAAUCCCAACUACACCACAACCAAGAAAAGUACCCACUUGGCUGGUGGAGGAGGGAACUCAUUGAUCGAGUUUGUGCGACUGCUGUUGUUUACAAACGAUAUGGAAGACUUUGAGAUGAUACACACAUGGUUGAAGACGCUGCUACAGUGGGGUGCAGACCCUGACCUUGAGCCUUACCCCCCAGAACCAGUCAUCUGUCAUUCCCAGAGCUCCAUUUACCUGAAAAAGCACGGUACCCAGGCUGUCAGUUUGUACAUCCAGGAGGUGAAAAUACUUCAUGAAUCCCAUAAACUGAGAGCCAUAUUUGAAACAGGACAGGCAGAGUUUUUGUUAAACCUCUUCUACAACACAAUGGAACAUAAAUACCUCUAUGACUGUCUGGGUUCUGCAUGCAUGGUGGCACGGGCUUCACCUAUUGGUAACACUGAGAACGAUCUGAUGAAAGUGUUAAAUAAGAUGGCAGAGAAUCCUCGAAGUUUAAAGCAAAUGUCACGUGUUUCCAUUUAUAAGGCCCUUGGUCGCAAACUGUUUCCAUCUGUUGGUGAGCUGCCGUUGCCAAAUGCAAUGAAAGAAUACUUGUUGGAAAUCCAGUGAUAAAAAAGGAUCUAAUGCGAAAUAUUUGGGUGCUGCAUCCUGCUGCGUUUGGCUCCCUCCCUGCUGCCCUACCGAUGGGUCAACAUGACAAAUGCUAAUUCUUUAAAACCUCAAUUGCAAGUAAUGGACUUGGAUUAAGCAAUUUACAUUUGUAUUUGGAAUUUCACCGUGCCCCUAUACAGCAGCAUCCUUUACCUUUUGUGAACCUAAAUCUUUUGAAAAUAUGUUAUUAGUGUUUAGUAUCCUUUAUUAACAUGGUUUCUAAUAAGAAGUAUUCCAAGUGCAAUAUAGACUUCAAGCAGGAUGUAUUUUCGUACCUUUGUGAAGUUGCCUUUGCCCCUUCAUUUUGUGAAAAAAUGAGCGGCAAACUGUUCAAAAUUGUGAAAAAAAGAGUCACAAACUUUAAAAAAGUGUGAGCAUUUGAGUGGUGAACUUCUUAUUUUUGUGAAAAUUGGAGUUGCAAACUUCUCAACUUUGUGAAAAAACAGCCAUUUUCUAAGAAGGGGAAAAAAGCCCUGGUUCAAGUGAUGUAAUUGUUUGUACGCAUUAGAUGAUUAGUCAGAAGUUCAGCAUUAUCUUACAAUCAUACCAUAUGAUAAUGAUAUUAUUAAGUAUACCGGGGUAUAGUUACCCAAUUACAUGUAGCAAGUUUUACAAACAUAAAAUGUGGUUCAUCAUUCUAUGUAACAUAACGGAACCUGUCCGGAAUCCUUAGCUGUCAAAGAGUCGCCUUUAAUGUACAUGUAUUUAGCGGUAAAGAAGUUGUUAUGGCUUUUACUAACAGUAUAGGUUGAAACCUUGUCAAACAUAUAGUAAAAAGUUCAGACAUGAAAGAAAUGUGAUAAAACUGUAAGACUUGCAUGACACUUGGUAAAACAGUCAGAUUACAAUUUACAUGCUAGUUUCUUGUGGACUGUUCACAUUUAUUGUCAGCCUUUGUGUCUGCAGGUGCAGGCAGGCUUUUCAUUUUAAGUCAGCAUUGGGGUAGACUCAACACUUUAUAUGUUUAUAAAAAUUAUGGCAAAAUAUUGUUAUAUUGUAUUACAUGUGUAUGUGUAUGGAAUUA